CAGCGCCCGGCGGGUGCGCGGCGGGCUUGGGGUGCCGCGCGGUAGCGCACCCUCCUGCGCCCCAGCGGCCGCGGGCUUGCUGCAGCUUUUUGAGGUGGAAGGAUCCUCGCUCACAGCCUUUUCUCCCUGCAGCGCUUUCUUUCGAUGCAGAACGAGCCCCAGGCACCCCAGCAGGCCGCACGCUUCUCUUUCGCGGUGGAUGAGGUCGCCUGCAGAUCCAGGCUGGGCCUUAUGGGCUGCCCAGGCGGAGCGGGACUUCCCGGUCAUCGUCAUCCUCCGCUCCCCGCGCUCAGCCUGGCCCGAGCUCGGCUUCCCCAGCCCCUGUCCACCGCCCACCUGCUGAGGAGCAGCAGAGUGCUGUGUCACUCAGGAGUUGGGGACCCCUGACCCAGCCCAACCGCCCUCGUGCGCUGUGCAGAAAGAUUUUUUUAAAGAGCCUCGUGGGGCAUAGCACCAUCGGUAAAUGCCUGGUACAUUUAAGAAGCCUGACUGUGGGAGAGGCCCUCUACAAACGCUGUUACCUGGAAUCUGAGAACUAACGCCAUUCUCCAUUUCAAGAUGCCUUUGCCGUUUUGACAGAUGCAAACUGACCCCUCUCGAGGCCACGGCAGAAGGGGAAUCGUGACUGUCUGAAGCCUGGAAGACUGCCCUCAAUUAAGGAAAAUCCUCGAUCAUUGUCUGAAAUGCUGAGAAAGUUGUUGCGAAGGAGACUUUUCUCUUAUCCCACUAAGUACUGCUUCUUGCUUCUUGUGUUUUCCCUAGUCACCUUCUCUGUUUUAAGAAUUCAUCAAAAGCCCGAAUUUGUAAGUGUUGGGCAUUUGGAGCUGGUUGGGGAGAAUCCUAAUAGUAAUAUUAAUUGUACCAAAAUUUUACAGGGGGAUGUAGAUGAAAUCCAAAAGGUACAGCUUGAAAUUCUAACGGUGAAAUUUAGGCAGCGCCCUCGGUGGACAACCAGCGACUAUAUAAACAUGACCAGAGAUUGCAAUUCUUUCAUCAAGAGGCGCAAAUAUAUCGUAGAGCCCCUCAGUGAGGAAGAGGCGGAGUUUCCCAUUGCGUAUUCUAUAGUGGUUCAUCACAAAAUCGAAAUGCUUGACAGGCUCCUGAGGGCCAUCUAUAUGCCUCAGAAUCUCUACUGCAUUCACGUGGACAGAAAAUCAGAGGAUUCCUUUUUGGCCGCGGUGAUGGGCAUCGCCUCCUGCUUCAGUAACGUCUUCGUGGCCAGUCAGCUGGAGAGCGUGGUGUAUGCCUCUUGGAGUCGGGUUCAGGCCGACCUCAACUGCAUGCAAGACCUCUACAGGAUGAGUGCAGACUGGAGGUACUUGAUAAAUCUUUGCGGCAUGGAUUUCCCUAUUAAAACCAACCUGGAGAUUGUCCGGAAGCUCAAAUCGUUAAUGGGUGAAAACAACCUAGAGUCCGAGAGAAUGCCAUCCAAUAAAAAAGAAAGGUGGAAAAAGCAUUAUACAGUUGUUAAUGGAAAGCUGACCAACACGGGGACGGACAAAAUGCACCCUCCUCUUGAAACGCCCCUGUUCUCAGGCAGUGCCUAUUUUGUGGUCAGUAGGAAGUAUGUGGGCUAUGUGCUAGAGAAUGAAAAGAUCCAGAAGUUUAUGGAGUGGGCCAAAGACACCUACAGUCCAGAUGAGUAUCUCUGGGCCACUAUCCAGAGGAUCCCCGAAGUCCCAGGCUCACUGUCCCUAAGCCAGAAGUAUGACAUGUCUGACAUGCACGCGAUCGCGAGGUUCGUCAAGUGGCAGUACUUUGAAGGUGAUGUCUCCAAGGGGGCCCCCUACCCGCCCUGCAGCGGGGUCCACGUGCGUUCUGUGUGUGUCUUCGGAGCAGGUGACUUGAACUGGAUGCUACGCAAGCACCACUUGUUUGCCAACAAGUUUGACACGGACAUUGACCUCUUUGCCAUCCAGUGUUUGGAUGAGCAUCUGCGGCAUAAAGCCCUGGAGACACUGAAACGCUGACUCUUCAUCGUAGGCAACUUGAGAAAUAAAACCCAUGCGCGAGACGAGACGCACCCCAUCCGAUUCUUCUGCCUUGUUCGUACACAUCCGAGAAACUCUAGGGGGCGCCCUUGGGGGUGGGGACUCCCAACUGUGCGUAUCCUCCAAGCUCUGUGGUUUCUCCGGAGCACAGUGGGCUAGAAAGGUUAUAGCAUCACAUGUUGACCUAGAGUUAGCAUGGGGCCAGGACGGGUGCUGAGUGGCCCGGGGGGCUGGGGAAGAGACCGUGCGAAAACCAGCCUGUUAAAAGAGCUCAGGGACUUAACAAAAGGAUUUCGUCUGUGCCAAAAUUACUUUGAGAGCUUUAAAUACGACAGUUUUCUUGAUCUGAAUAAAUUUGUAGCAACAACCAAUUGUAAGGAUAUAAUUUAUCUUGCAGGAUUUAUUCGGUGACAUAAGGAGUUUGACUUUAAGUGAUCAUUGUAAAUAACUUUGUCGUAACAUUGUGCUGUGUGUGUAUCAGUAUGUGUCAUCUCAGGGAACUUGAAAAAGGGGGCUUGAUUGAACACGAAUAUUUCUAAUUUUCCCUUCCAACAAUGUAUAGAUGUUUUUUAAAAGAAGAAAGUGAUGAUGUCUAGUUUAGUUGAUUCUGUGAAUCAUCUUA